CCGCAGAGUUGCACGACGUGCGGGCUUUAGCUGGGCCUGAGCGUGAGGAACAGUGUUGACCCUGAACUACAACGCAGAGCAUCUCGGGAGGCCUGCUCGAAGAUCUGUGGGAAGCGACAGGACUCGGUGAGAGAACGGCGGUGCCAAACGGGCGACGGGGAUGCUUAGACCAGGGCGGGGAGGCGGGCCCGUCGGGGUCGGCCCCGCCCCGCCUCCCCUGAGCCUCCGCCGGCCUUGGCGUGCUCUCCCGCAGGAUGGGGCGAGUGGCCGCACCUGUCCACCGGAUGCUGAGCGCCCAUCCUUCCCCCCGAGCCCACCCAUGCCCGGCUACGAGCUGCCCGUGGGCACGUGCGUGGACAUGUGUCCGGCCGCUGAGCGCGCCCAGCGCGAAAAAGAGCGCCGCCUGCACCGCUUCGAGGUGGCGCCGGGGUGUCGCGGGCACAGGCCCCGAGCCGACCCGCAGCGCACAGUGAAGGAGUACAGCCGGCCGGCCGCCGGGAAGAUCCGGCCCCCACCGAGUCUGCUGCGUCCGCCGUCCGUGCUGCUGGCCACCGUGCGCUACCUGGCCAGCGAGGUGGUGGAGCGCACCGACGCGUCCCGCGCGGAGGUAGCCAGCUUCGUGGCGGACCGCUUGCGCGCCGUGCGGCUGGACCUGGCCCUGCAGGGCGCGGGCGACGUCGAGGCGGCGUUGGUGCUGGAAGCGGCGCUGGCAGUGCUGCUGGCAGUGGUGGCGCGGCUCGGACCCAGCACAGCGCACGGGCCGGCGGACCCGAUGUUGCUGCAGGCCCAGGUGCAGGAGGGCUUUGGUUCUCUGCGGCGCUGCUAUGCGCUGGGCGCCGGGCCCCACCCCCGCCAGGCCACCUUCCAGAGCCUCUUUCUGCUCUAUAACCUAGGCUCGGUGGAGGCCCUUCACGAGAUUCUGCAGCUGCCCACUGCCCUGCGUUCGUGCCCGGCCCUGCGCACUGCCCUGGCAGUCGACUCUGCCUUCCGCGAAGGCAACGCUGCACGCCUGUUUCGCCUGCUCCGGACCCUGCCCUACCUGCAGAGCUGCGCCGUGCAGUGCCAUGUGGGCCGUGCCCGCCGGGGAGCCCUGGCCCGCCUCGCUCGUGCCCUGAGCACCCCCAAAGGCCAGACCUUGCCCCUGGGCUUCAUGGUCCACCUGCUGGCCCUGGAUGGGCCCAAGGAGGCACGGGACCUGUGCCAGGCCCAUGGACUGCCCUUAGAUGGACAGGAGAGAGUUGUGUUCCUGAGGGGUCGCUACACUGAGGAGGGGCUGCCACCUGCCGGGACCUGCCAAGUACUGGUGGGGAACAAGCUUGGAGGGCGUACCCUGGAAGAGGUGGUCACGGCAGAGGAGGAAGAUGAGGCUGUGGACAGACCCAAGUCUGCGGCAUGAGGAGGGCUGUGCAGUCUCCCACAGCCCCAGGACUGGGGCUGAAGCGCUCAGGUUUCUUUUUUCAUGAUUCCCACACAGUAAAAGGAACUCGUUGGGCAUCCCUAGUGGCGCAGAGGUUAAGAAUCCACCUGCCAACGCAGGGGACACGGGUUUGAGCCCUGGUCAGGGAAGAUCCCACGUGCUACGGAACAACUAAUCCCGUGCGCCACAACUACUGAGCCUGUGCU